AUGCUUUGCGGACAUCCAGUUAGGUUCCAGGCGUUUGUUUUGCUCAGCCGCUGGACCUACAGUGGCCACGAUCACAGCUACCAGUUUUGCGGCUCAGAGAAGAACACGCUCACCUCCACCACAGGGGCAGACGUCAUGGAGCAAUCCGAGGCCGUCAUGGCGGCCCGUGCCAAACUUGCCCAGCGCUUCGAUGCGGUGCGCACCGGCGGCAAGGGCACUGCGAGGCGCCGAAAGUUGGCAAAACACCAGACGAACACGGCAGAUGAGAAGCAACUGCAGGCCCACCUCAAGCGAUUGGGGCUCAACAGCAUCCCAGGCAUCGAGGAGGUGAACAUGUUUACGGAAGACGGCGGGGUCCUCCAUUUCAACACGCCGAAGGUCCAGGCCGCCGUGGGCGCCAACACUUAUGUCAUCACGGGCCAGCCUGAAAACAAGCGACUGGAGGAGCUCCUCCCGGGAAUCAUCCACCAGCUGGGUGCGGACAAUUUGACCAACCUCCGACGAAUUGCGGAAGGUUCCUUGAGAGGGUCUGUGUCGCAGGGUUUUUCGGGCUUCAUAAGGUGA